GUUUUGUUUCACCCUAUGUGGCCAGUAGUAAAAAUUUAACACCAAAAAAUGUCUCUUUCAAAAUUAGGGCUUUUUUACUUAUCUAAAAAUAAUUUGUGCAGUUCUAGUGUAGCAGUGAGGAACUACGUUGAUUUUCAACGACGAGAAUUAAGUACGAGUAAAGUGCAGUUUGCUAAAUUGGCCCAAGAAAAGAAACCUGACUGGAAUAAGGCUGUAACAGAAGCCGAGAAGAUUGUUGGAUAUCCUACAUCAUUUUUGAGUUUACGAUGGCUUUUGAGUGAUGAAAUUGCAAAUGUUGCAUUACAUUUGAGGAAGCUGGUUGGAUCCAAUCAUCCUUUACUUAAAACUGCAAAGGAAAUAAUUUACAAUGGAAAAAACAACAUGCAAGCGUGGGGCCUUAUCGUGCUGCUCGUCUCAAAAGCAGCCGGCCACUCGGCGGACACACCCGACUUGGAGCAGGACAAGGCGGCCGGCGUGCUGCACAGCCAGCGCGCCCUUGCGGAAGUCACCGAGAUGAUACGGACUAGCCAUUUGGUGCACAAGGGCCUAGUAAAUCUACAAUUGCAAGCGAAUGUCGCCGAAGACCUAAUGUUCGGCAACAAAAUUGCCCUUUUGAGCGGCGAUUAUCUGCUAAGCAACAGCUGUAUCGAGCUGGCGAACUUGCGGAACCAGGAGGUGGUCGAGUUGAUGAGUUCCGCUGUUAGGGACUUGGCAGAGGCGGAGUUCGUCGGACCCAGGGACAAGCAGAAUAAUGCGUUGCCAGCCAGGCCGAGGACCGAUAUUGUCGAAUAUAAGCAGUUUACUGAUAAAACUUUGGAACCUUGGGUUGUCAGCGAAGCAUUGGGCGAUGCUGUGACAGAAUGGACCUUAAGACAUGUUCUAAAUGCUGGGAGUCUUCUGGGCAAAUCAUGCCAAGGCACUCUGAAACUAGCAGGCCACCCGGUAGACCUCCAAGAAAAAGGCUACCUGUUUGGUAAACACCUUGCCUUGGCCUGGCAAGCCUGCCUGGACCGCGAACCGUUCCUUCUCGACGCAAAGGGCAGCUUCAGCUUGGUCAGCGCUCCCGUUCUGUUCGCCUUGCAGCACGAUCCCAAUCUAUACGAAACUAUAGAGAAAGGAUUUGAGUCUGUGGACGACGUGGACUACGAUGCGUUGAAGAAAGUCGUUCUUAACGGUCCCGGUAUAGAGAAAACCAAAGAUUUGCAGAGGGAACAUUCCAAGAUGGCGCUGGAGAUGCUCAACGAGCUUCCGGAAUCCGACGCUAGAAACGCUUUGGCGAAUAUUAUUGCGGCUAUGCAAGAUUUGUAGAUGAGAGGUAUUUUUUUUAUUUAUUUAAAUUUACAAUAUUUUUAGAGUGUAUACACUAUAUAAUGGGUUAUUUUUUAUAAAGUUUUUUUUACAUGCAAAAUUUUAAACAUGACUUUUGCCAUUUUACAGCACAACAUAAAAACAAUAGUUACCAUUUUAUCUACCAGUCGCAAACCACAAAAUAAUAAAUGUAUUGUUUAUUUUAAUCUGUGAUAUAUUCCGGUACUGAUAGUUUUGUCAGUUUGUAUACAGAAGAUUUUUAUAAAUAACAUUAAUAUUUUAUACAAAUUGGUGGAGGAUGUAAAUAUUUAUUUUGUAUUUUUUUAUAAAAAUAAAGUUUGUUAUUAGUUAACAUUUGUCUUAUUUACAUAAAUCAUAUCCCAAAUUAUUGCUA